CAGUUUCAAAAUGGCUUUAAAACCUGGACUCUAAUACCUUUCCCCAAACAGCAUUGAAGGGGACAUCAAGGAAGAGCUCUCUAAACCGAUGGAACUCAGUGAGCCCCUUGGCUACUAUUUCCGAGACCAGGAAUACUUGGGCAAUGAGAAUGUUACUCCAGUUUUCAUUAAUUAUGAUGAGCAGGUAGUCAGUGAAGAUGAUGGUAGACUUCCCAAGGAAGGCCCAAAGGCCUUUUCUAAUCCAGCUGUGCCUGAGGAACACGUCUUUGCCCCUCCUGGUUUCCAUCACAGAGCUGGCCCUUGCCUGCUUUGGGCCUGCACAGUCUGCAAACGAAAGUCUGUCACAAUGGACAGAAGAAAGGCUGCCACCCAAAGGGAGAGGAGGAGACUGAAAAGGAUCAAUGAAGGUUUCGAAGCGCUGAAGCGAAAGUCAGUGCCCAACCCAAACCAGAGACUGCCCAAGGUGGAGAUCCUUCGCAGUGCCAUCCAGUACAUCACAAGACUGCAGACACUGCUGAGAACUCUGGAUGACCAGGAAGCUGUGCCAAUCGACAGAAAAGACACCCACCAUUCCAGCUUACAAGCGGAAAUAUUUGAGCAGGACCAUGUUGCUUUGCCGAGAGUCGCUGGCUACUUUCACCGUGAAGCUGAAGAAGAGCUGGAGACUGUGGAGGCGAUGAUGGGUUACCUGCGAGAGCGAGGAGGACAGUACUGCAACAAAGACAUUCAGAGACCUGGUUGUGAGCAGGUGUGCAAUAUCAUUCAGGCCCUGGAAUUAACCUUGGCUCAGUGGAAGAAAGUCUCAGGGUACAUGGAGGAGCUGUGCUUGCUCAGCAAGGAAAACGGAGACCAUCACACCGCCAGCGUGGUCAAGAAACGGUUUGUCACUCGCGUUGUCACCAAGAUUGAAGUGGUGGGGAAUGUCCUGACCAAUGCCCGGCGCUUGGGCUGCACCCACGAGGGAGCAAGCGGCUUUGGGGAGUACCUGAUUGACCAACUCCAGGAAGAACUGGGCAAGAACUAAACACCCCUCCUUAACUAACCAGCAUGGCUUUUAAUAGGGCCAAUUAAGACAGUCCUACAGUAAAUCUACAGAGAGCCAGGAGAUCAAAACACUGCCUGUCCUCUACCGACUCCUCUCCAGCUGUACAGGUUUUGGAGGAUCAGCAAUUCUGCUUUAUUUAAAAAAAAAUUAAAAAAAUGUACAUGCAACUUCAUACUUCAGAAAUCACCUGUAGAAAAUGACUUCAACUGCAUGGGUAUUUUUUUAAAGGGGGGAAAAUUCAUAUUGUGCUCCCUAGUCAUUCAAAAUUCUAUAAUUUGGUUAAUUUGCCAUUUCCAUGUUGACAGUAAAUGUUACCAUAUGUAGGGUACUAUAUUUGACUGUAUGCAAUAUAUAUAUAUAUAUAUAUAUAUUUUUUUUUUUACAGUACAGGGUUUGCAUUUUGGAUUGGAGCUAUAAACUAUACACUCUCCUCCUAAGAUGAUUCUGUGCACUUUAGCAUCCUGGCUGUACACCUGAAAAUAACUCAGUAGCAGCUAGGGAGUCUAUGGUUUUGAUUGGUUAAACUGACCUUCAAUUUGCUGUGACAUCAUUGCUUAUCUGGGUGCUGUUAAAAUAAUGAGGCCUUUAAGUGGCGGCCUCACUAAUCCACUGCACAUCCAUAAGACAGUGACAUCAUGCCACGGAUCCAUCGACAAAUGUCUGCCAGAUGAACCAAACAAAAUGAUAGACUUGCUGGCCUCUGUGCAGCUCUGGGACAAUAACAGAGUAUGAAUGUACAGCUUAUGGAUACCAGUUUACACUCCUGUAGAUUCAACACCCAAGUCCAUCAAAAGAAUUCAGAUCUGCAUUAGAGGCACACAUUUUUAUUUAGUAAUAUUAAUAAGGCAUUUGUGAAGUCACAGAACAUCACUCCUUUUUACUUUUAUUUUUGUUGACAAUCAGUCACUCUUUUUUGUGUUACAAAGACUUUCUACAAAUGAAAAUGUUUCCCACAAAAUGUAUAUCAUUUACUCCCUCUUCCCCAGUACUAUAAUCAGGAUAAUAUGAGGUUCUUGUGCCUGAAAUAGAUUCAAACAAGCAACUCCACACACUCACACACACACACACAGCAGAAGAGAGAGAAUGGUGUGAAACAGAAAUGACACUUACCUGUGGUACAGGUAUUAGCCAUGACUUCAUUGCAGUAUAAUAAUUAUGCCAUUAAUAAAGUGCACAGUAAUGUCUCAAUAAUACAGUAUAAUGUUUCUGUGAGGUUAUGUCUGCUAGUCUUGUUGUCAUGGAAAGGGGGACUAUAAUUAGAGUCCUGCAGUAAAUAUUAGGCAGGAUCAACUGGAGCCAGUUUUGUUUUUAUAUAUAUAUAUAUAUAUAUAUAUAUAUAUAUAUAUAUAUAUAUAUAUAUAUAUAUAUAUAUAUAUAUCCGUCUGAAAGGUGUUAAUCUGCAGCAAAGUCUGUUACCAGAAUAGCAUGUUGUAUGGUGUAUGAAAAUUGACAACCAAGCUCCUUUUAUCAAUCUAGAGAAAUGCAGUUUUCAUGUAUUACAGAAUUUCACAAUACUACACAUUACCUGCAUUUCCUUUUGCUUAAACUAGUCACGUGCGACAGACCAUUCAUACAAAAGUGCUACAUGUUGCAGGGGGGAUUUUUGUUGGUGGAUAGUGUAUAUGUCAUGACACACUGGUGACAGUAGUAGAAUUACCAAAGUAACAUUAAGUCCUAAAGAUUCAAAUGUUCUUAUGGAUUUUAUAGAAUUAUAGAUUGAGUUUGAGCUAUAUUUAAAAUAUUAUUUCUGCUUCAGUUAGAUUUGUUUCUGUUUAUUUAGUUUUCAGUAUAUUACAGUAAUUGGCAUACGUAGCUUUUACAGUACGCAUUAGUUAUGAAGACUUGGGGGAUAAAAGUAUAUUAUUUUAAACAGUUUCAAGAGUACUAACUUUGGGGUAUGGUAAAUAUUAGAUUGAUAUUAACUGUUUGAUUAUGUUUAAUAUUUCUUCAAUUGUAUGUCCACUUUUUCCACUUUCCUAAAAGCUAAAUUAAUAAAGUAUGUGCUUUCUAGUAA